UCACAGGGCUGGAAAGCUCCGUAUUUCCCACUAUGCUUUGUAAUAUCCAAGAUGGCAGCCCACAUGUGCAGAAAAUUCGUCUGUCUGGGAAAAACUUUGCUUGAUUUCCCCAAACAGCAAGCUUUCCCUGUUCUGACGUUCCAGAGGGGAUCGAGACAGUGGUUACGAAGACGUGCUGUAAACGUUUAUUCUCAAGAGGAAUACAGAAAAGACCAGAAAGGGGAGAAAGUCGAAAGUGAAGACGACCACGGGGGGUAUGAAAGGACACCAAGUUCACAACCGAGCAAAAAGACUUCUUAUACCGCAUCCUACCCUCACGUACCGCCGCCACUGGACAGGGCUUCGUCUGGUUCUGUUCAGGGGAAAACUUAUGUGAAACUCAACGAUAAUGACAAGAAAUUAGGAAAGCUUCUUGCAACUGUCAAAUCCAAAAAGAGAAGAGACAAGGAGGGCCUUAUACUUCUAGAGGGAAAGAGACUCAUAAAGGAUGCCAUAAAAGCAGGAGGAAUCCUGGAGUCGUUGUUUUUCUGCCAUGUGGAGGAUUUGGAAGGUUUGCCUCUCCAGGAGACAACUGCAGAACUCUACAAGGUCAAACACAAGGACAUCCUGGACUGGUCAGACACUGUGACCCCACAGAAGGUCAUAGCCAUAUUUACCAGACCGGAUGUGAACAGACUGUACACCCCUGAGUAUGCUGAUGCUGAGCUGCUGCCCCUGACCCUGAUCUGUGACAACAUCCGUGACCCGGGGAACAUGGGUACCAUCAUCAGGUCAGCUGCUGCUGCCGGCUGUCAGAAACUCCUGGUCACAAAAGGUUGUGUGGAUGUCUGGGAGAGCAAGGUUCUCCGAGCAGGAGCCAGUGCCCACUUCCACCUCCCCAUUAUCAAGGACCUCACCUGGGACCUCAUACCAAACUACCUGGAACCCGACACUGUCGUGUUUCCCGCGGACGCAAACGUGGACGUCAACAACAAGUUCACACUCUUCCACCCACCCUUGAGCAAUGUUAGACGAUCCGUCGCUGCAAGACGGAGACAGACUGAAGACCCGGACACAAGCGGGGACGAGGAUUUCAGACACGACCUCCCCACCUCCCUGCCGGAGCUAGUUGCAGUACCGUACUACAGCACCCACUGGGUAGGGGGCAGCACUGCACUAGUGGUGGGUGGUGAGACGGAGGGCCUGAGUCUGGAGUCCCUGCUUCUGUGUGAGAAGACAGGAGGGUGCCGUGUGUUCGUGCCCAUGCUGAGGAACCUGGACAGCCUGAACUCAGCUGUGGCGGCCAGCGUGGUGCUGUUCGAGGCUAAGAGACAGCACCUGGCACAGCUGACCAGUGGGAGGGUAGAGGGGGCAGCAAAAACAGCAAGGAGAGGUGUUCAGCCUGAAGAAUGAAAGUGAAAGUGAAGAAAGUGAAAGUAAAAGUGGUCUAGAUUCUGUUGAUACUCUUCAGCUGGUGACAGAGAUGACAAAUGCUAUGUUCAGGUUUAUGUACUGGCAAGUGCUCCUUAUCCUAUGUUUUUUUGACAAGUACAAGGGAUAGUCCAACUACGAUCCUAUCCUAAGAGACAGCACCUGGCACAGCUGACCAGCAGGAGGGUAGAGGGGGCAGCGAGGAGAGCAAGGAGGGGGGUUCAGUCUGAGGAAUGAAAGUGAAAAAUGAAAGUAAAAGUCUGGUUGUGAAGGGGGUGACCGAUGUUAUGUACAGUCUUUACAGGUUCAUUGUACUGGGAAAUGCUCCUAUUCUUUUUGACAAGUACAAGCAAUAGUCGACAACAAUCCUGUCCCAAGAACUGCAGUAGUGUCUAGUGUGCAUGCCGGGUGAUCAAUGGCUAAAAAUGUCCUUCUUGAGAUAAACAAAAAUUUUGCAAGGGUAUAAGCAAUGUUUGGGUAUGAAUUGUUUUUUUGUUAACCAGACUUUGCACAAACCUCUGCUUGCAUAUUAACUUCAGCAAAAAUAUGUAUUUACAAUAUGUUUUCAUACAUU